AUGGCAUUCAGUGAAAGAUGCCUCUCCAGACAACAGUUGGAAGCGCACAGGCUUGUACCCAAGUAUCCAUCUGGCGGUGGCAUCGUGUGCGUGUCUCAAAAAACUGGUGGACGCGUUUGUGACAGGUACCAGUGGACGGAAGAAGUGCCCUUAUUGCUCGAGAAGGGUAGAAAAAAAGUAUUCAAUAGACGCGAGGACUCUAAGUGGGGACAGAUGAUACUGUGA